AUGGCAAUGUCAGCCGAUGAAGGAGGUGGCGAGGGCUGUCAGUAUAUAAACAGGGAACAGUCUUAGUCUCAGUACCUUGUAUUUCCCUCAGCUUGCCUCAGCAUCUCUGCUCUCACGCCUCCACCCACCAACACCACCAAAAUGGCCUUUGCUGGAAGAUGGGAAACUGAGUCCCAGGAGGGAUACGAUGAGUUCUGCAAACUGCUUGGUAUCCCUGAUGACAUUAUUGAGAAGGGCCAUGACUACAAGCUGAUCACAGAGGUCACUCAGAGCGGCGAUGACUUCUCCUGGACCCAGAUCUACCCCACAAACGCCAAGGUCACCAACAAGUUCACCGUUGGCAAGGAGUGCGACAUGGAGACCAUCGGAGGAAAGAAAUUCAAGGCCACAGUGCACAUGGAGGGAGGCAAGCUGAGCGUGACCUUCCCCAACUACCACCACACCUCUGAGAUCAGCGGAGGCAAGCUCGUUGAGGCGAGGAUAGGCAUUUGCUAA